CCGGUCGCACAAGGACCACCUAAUCAGUAAUCACUCCGAACCAGAGCGCGAGCAGCAUCGCAGAGCGGCGGCGGCAACAGCGAGGAGAAGAGAAGGGGAACCGCGCGCGUCGAUGGGCAACUGCGCGGUCACGCAGCACGCCGUGACGUCGUGGGCGGACGACGGCGAGUGGGACGUGCCGUCGGCGGAGGCCGAGGAGCCGGCCGCCGCCGGGACGAGCGGGAGGAAGGAGGAGCACGCGGCGGCGGAGGUGACCAUCAGGAUCACCCGGAAGCAGCUGCAGGAGCUGAUGGAGAAGAGGGCCGGCGGCCUCCAGGGGCUCAGGAGUCGCCGGGCCGCGGCGCAGCUGCUGGCCGACGUCAUGAGCGCCGGGCGGGUCUACCACCACUGCAAGGCGGCGCACUGGAAGCCCGCGCUGCAGAGCAUCCCGGAGGCCGUCGAGUCGUGAUGACGCGCGAGCAUGGCGAACGAGGUGCUACUGCCAUGGCGUUUGCCUGCUGGCUGGCUCCUCUUCGUUUUUCCGGUUGCUUCCUCGUAGUUGCAGCCUAUGCUAGCUGGUAGAUCGCACAUCGCAGGCAGCUUUCUUGCAUUGGGUGGCUUGUCGUGUCAUUCUUUCAGUUCGGAUGCAGUAUGCUACGAAAGAUGUACAGUACAGUAGUAGUAGGAUUAGUGGUGAUAGAUAGACUCGACGAUUGUAAAGGAGACGUUGUGCCCACACCGAAACUUAAGAACGAAGUGUGAAUUUCAUGAGCCA